ACAUGCGCAGAUUAAAUGCUAUCGUGACUGCGUGUAAUAGUUGAAGUUUGCAGAUUGUAAAUAAAAUUAGGCUUUACUUUUAAGUUUAAAAACAAAACAGUUAUUAAUAAGUUUUUCAGUCGUAAAAUAAGAGAGAUACCUUACAGAUCUUAUUUAAAUUUGAAAACUAAGUAUAAUUCCGAUAAUGUCAGCAAAUCAAACUAAGCCAGAUCAGUUAUUUGAUAUCGCUAAUUCAUUUUACAUUGGAAAUUUUCAGCAGUGCAUUAAUGAAGCUCAAAAAACAAAGGUACCAAGUCCAGAGCAAAGAGUGGAGAAGGAUAUUUUUAUGUAUAGAGCUUAUAUUGCUCAGAGAAAGUAUGGUGUGGUACUUGAUGAAAUUCACCCAGCACUGGCUCAGGAGCUUCAGGACAUCAGGUUGUUAGCUGAGUAUCUGGCUAGUGAUCGAGCAAAAAAGGACAAAAUUGUUAAAGAAAUGGAUCAGAAGAUGACAAAAAGUGUUGAUGCUACAAACACCACUCUUUUGCUAAUAGCUGCCACAGUCUACUGUCAUGAAGAGAAUUAUGAUGCUGCUUUGAGAGUAUUGCAACAAACUGAAACAUUGGAGUGUUCUGUAAUGAUGCUCCAGGUGUACCUGAAAAUUGAUAGAGUGGAUCUUGCAAAGAAAGAACUGAAGAGAAUCCAAGAGAAAGAUGAUGAUGCAACACUUUCCCAAUUAGCUCAAGCCUGGUUAAACCUAGCAAUGGGGGGAGAGAAGCUUCAAGAAGCCUUCUACAUCUUUCAAGAGCUUGGAGAUAAAUAUCAGAACACUCCCCUCUUGCUGAAUGGACAGGCUGCUGCUCUCAUGGGCCAAGGCAAGUUUGAUGAGGCAGAACCACUUCUGCAGGAAUCUAUGGAUAAAGAUAGUAAUAAUGCUGAAACAUUAAUCAACAUGAUGGUUCUCUCGCAACAUCUGGGAAAACCCCCAGAGGUCAGUAACAGAUAUCUCAGCCAAUUAAAGGAUUCUAAUAACAGCCAUCCAUUUGUUAAAGAGUUUCAAUCAAAGGACCAAGAGUUUGAGAGAUUAGCAAGACAGUAUGCACCAAGAGCAUGAAAAAUACAGUUAUUUAGUUGUUUUCUGUACUGCUAUUGUUUAAUUAUAUGAGUGAUUUAAACCAAACAAGAGUAUGAUUAUGUUUCACAAAUAAAGUAAUGGUUUUGGUUUCUUUUCAUGCAGUGAAGGUUUUCAGUCAUUGUUUGAGACUUUCUCAGUAUGCUAUAUUAAUGUAUGUAGAAUGUAUGUAUAUAUUCUUUUUCCAGUAUUAAGAUGAUAACACUGUCUACACAUUUGUUCUUGUACCAUUUAUAUUCUCAAAUAUAUAACCUCAGCUAAUUUAAAGAUAAUUCAUCAUGAGCUCAAACUGUAAGGAAAUUGCUUCAUAUUUUGCUGGGAGAUUUUUCCAUCAUUGUGGAACAACUUAAUAUAAGGAGUGCAGGAAAACUCUUGCACACAUUUGGCAGUUUUGCCUAUAGAAAGAUUUUGGCAGAAGCUAUGCUUGAUAAAAUAUUAGCGUUUCCUAAAUAUGAUUAUUCUAAACCAACAAAAGACUUACUAUCAGUAAAUAGUGUAAUCUGAAAAAAGCUAGAAAUAAAAGAUGUAAAGAGGAUAUUACAUGAUUUUUUGUGCUUUUUAUUUUUGUCUAAAAUAAUAAGGAAAUACUUUUCAUUUAUUUUAAUAGUUACAUCAUCAUAGAAAUAAAUAGUUCCUUUGUUAUAUAUCUUUAUCAAGAAGCAUGCUCAAUACCUACAUAGUUCUUUUAUUCUAUUAACUGGUAUAAGAUUUUAUUAUUGUUUAAUAAUUUAGCAGGUUAUAAACAUCCAUCUAUUGAUCUAAAUAAUCUUAUGUGUACAUGAGAACUUGUGUCUUGAAUUAACUCUGUAGUUACUUUUUAUUGUAGAAUUGCUACAUGUAUUUAAUGAUUACCUGGCUAAAAUGUUCAUACAGAAAGGUUUUAUGUGUACUUAACUGUUAACUGACUAAAAUAUUCUAUAUAUUACAGUUACUACUAGUAUUUUAAUGAUUGUGUAACUAAUAUAUUCUAUAUAACAAAGGUACUGUUUAUGUUCUUUAUGAUUACCUGGCUAAAAUAUUCUAUAUAAUACAGUUGCUACAUGUAUUUUAAUGAUUGUCUGACUAAUAUAUUCUAUAUAUAUAUAACACAGUUGCUACAUGUAUUUUAAUGAUUGUCUGUCUAAUAUAUUCUAUAUAUAAUACAGUUGCUACAUGUAUUUUAAUGACUGUCUGACUAAUAUAUUCUAUAUAAUACAGUUGCUACAUGUAUUUUAAUGAUUGUCUGACUAAUAUAUUCUAUAUAAUACAGUUGCUACAGGUAUUUUAACCAAAUGUAUACUGGGUUGGUCCAAUGAACCAACCUCAAUGAAAAAAGAAUGUUGACUAUAAUUCUGAAUUAGCUAUAUGUAUCUACACAAAAUGUGGCGAUCUUUUAGUAAAAUUGAUAAGUCAGUUCUGUACAAAAAAUCAUGUGUGUUACAAAAGUGUUUGCACUUGAGAUGUGUCUGUGAAUUGAUGACAUCAGUCUGACAUGGACUGUGACAAUACAGUUUGCAUAUCUACACUUUUUUUUCUGAAUCUGUGUAUAUUGUAUUUGAUAUUUAUUCCCCUCUGUCAUGAACUGUCCCUAAGUUAGCAACAUGAGGUAAAGUGAAUAGUUGAUAACUUUGACAUCAAAUGCUUAAUAUCAUGUUGAAUGGAACUCUAAAAAGUUAUGGCAUAUGCACUUUGAUCAGCACUUGUGCAAAUAGGGAUAAUAACUACCUGAUUAGAAUGUUAAGUAUAACACAGUUACUACAUGUAUUUAAUUAUUACCUAACCAAAAUGUUAUGUAUAACACAGUUACUACAUGUAUUUAAUUAUUACCUAACCAAAAUGUUAUGUAUAACACAGUUACUACAUGUAUUUCAUUAUUACCUAACUAAAAUGUUAUGUAUAACACAGUUACUACAUGUAUUUCAUUAUUACCUAACUAAAAUGUUACGUAUAACACAGUUACUACAUGUAUUUAAUUAUUACCUAACCAAAAUGUUAUGUAUAACACAGUUACUUCAUGUAUUUAAUUAUUAGCUAACUAAAAUGUUAUGUAUAACAGUUACCUGACUAAAAUAUUCGCUCUAACACAGAUGCUCUGUGUAUUUAAUUUGAUUUAAUAAAAAUAUGGAAGGCAGUGUCUACAGUGUCAAUGAUAUUAACUAACAUGUUAACACAAGUUUAAAGAAUUUUCCAGUUCCAUGGGAAAGUUCAGAAACAUCAGAGAUGUAAUGACUGUUGAUAAUGUAUAACUAGUUCAAAAAUAAAGUCCGUGAAUUCCUAGGUCA